AUGGCCUUGACAUCGUGGAAAGCAUUUCGAUUCUUCGAUGUUAGUCCCAUCAAGCUCCCUGACGCCGACAAGUCCAUUCUAGAGCAAGGCAACGUGAGUUGCAUAAUCGCCAGCCCCGACCACGUCUACGUCGGCUCUCCAGAUGGUCAUCUUCGUAUCCUAGACCAGACCUUCAAAACAACCCAAUCAUGGAAGGCUCAUGAAUCCGGUGCAUUAACCAACAUCCGCCAAAUCCCUCACUCGUCACUACUCGUCACCCUCGCCGAAGACCUGCCUCAUGAGCCUGUCCUGAAAGUCUGGGCUUUGGAUCGUCCUGACAAGAAGACUGGCAUACCACGUUGUCUCACCACCAUCUCAGUCACAAAUGGAAGGAAGCCUUUCCCAGUAUCUGCAUUCGCGGUACUGCGCGAUCUGUCACAAGUCGCUGUUGGCUUUGCGAACGGUGCUGUGACGGUGAUAAGAGGUGACUUCAUCCAUGAUAGAGGGACAAAGCAGCGUACUGUACUAGAGACCGACGAGCCCAUCACUGGUCUGGAGUUCAGAGAAGCCAACGUCACCACUCUCUUCAUCUCCACCACUAGCAGGAUAUCCACUCUCAUCAUCUCUGGCAAAGGUCAAGGUCAGCCCGCUCGUACACUGGAUGAACACGGCUGUGCCGUUGGUUGUCUGACCAAAGACUUGCGUUCCAAUGAUAUAAUCGUUGCACGCGACGAUGCUGUUUACGCCUACAAUCCGCGUGGUAGAGUUGCCUCGUAUGCCUAUGAAGGCUCGAAGAAGCUCACCGAGACGUACAAGGAUUACAUCCUUCUGGUCUCGCCGCCAAAGAGCAUGACGAAUGCCCCCACGAGAUCGUUUGGUGGAGGCCAAGCAGAUGACCUCUUCAGCACCUCGAAUUUCACCAUCCUGAACCCUGACCUCAAACUCAUUGCACAUACCGAGGCUUUGCCUAGCCAAGUGAACGCUCUGUUCUCUGCGUGGGGCCAGGUCUACAUCGUCACACUCGAUGGCAAAGUCCUGCGAUACACCGAGAAGACGUUCCAACAGAAACUCGAGAUUCUGUAUCAGCGCGAGUUCUUCGUGCUUGCGAUCAACCUGGCGCAAAAGGAGAAGGUCGAUGUCGUCCAGCAGAACCUGAUCUUCCGCAAAUAUGGCGAUUACCUAUACAGAAAAGGCGACUAUGAUACUGCUAUGCAACAAUACCUUCGCGCGAUCGACAACACCGAACCGUCACAAAUCAUUCGCAAGUUUCUCGACAACCAAAGGAUACGCAAUCUUAUCGAAUAUCUGGAAGAGUUACAUGAGCAUCACAAAGCUUCUUCGGAUCACACUACACUGUUGUUGAACUGCUAUGCAAAGUUGAAGGACGUUGAGAAGCUCGAAGACUUUAUCAAAUCACCCGGUGAUCUGAAGUUUGACCUCGACACUGCCAUCACAAUGUGUCGUCAAAGUGGUUACUCAGACCAGGCAGCAUUCCUUGCCAGGAAACAUAAUGAGCACGGCUUAGUUGUUGAUAUCCUGAUCGAAGAUCUGAAGAGAUACGCCGAAGCCUUGGCUUAUAUCUGGCGUCUGGAACCUGAACAGGCUUACGACAGCCUUACCAAAUACGGCACUGUGCUUCUUGAACACUCUUCAGAGGACACGAAACAACUCUUCAUCGACUAUUUCACAGGCAACUUCAGACCCAAGAAGGAUGCCGUAGUAGAGCAAGAAAUCACUCCGGAGCAGCAGCAAUCUGGAGGUAUUGGAAAGAUGGCAACUUCAGCUGUGCAAAAUCUGGCUGCUCUGAUUCCUCUACCAUACAUGAGUGCAGAUGUACCACGGACGCCUGGUGGAACCAAGACUACUCAGCAAGUCAUCGAGACUACUGUCGAGGACGAGUACGUCGAGUACAAGGUGCCCAAACCAAGAGCGGCAUUCUCUUCAUUCGUGGACCAUCCAGAUGAGUUCAUCUCGUUCCUUGAGGCCUGCAUCGCUAGCUCUGGCCUAAAAGAUGAGGACAAGACAGAUCUCUACACAACCUUGUUCGAGAUGUACUUGCAGAUUGCCAGUAAGAAGACUAGUGACGACAAGACCAAGUGGGAAAGUAAAGCGAGACAGUUGGUUGAGGAACAAAAUACACGUAUGGGCACUUCCAACAUCCUCCUACUCUCCCACCUCUCAAACUUCCGCGACGGCACUACUCUCGUCCGCGAACAACGCGGCCUCUACUUCGAUAUCUUUCGCUCCUACACAUCCGCAAACGACACCCCCAGCGCCAUAAAAGCCCUCCGCAAAUACGGGCCCUUGGAACCGCAACUGUACCCAGCCGCCCUCGCCUACUUCACCUCCACGUCUGCAGUCCUCGCCGAAGCAUCUUCCGAGCUUGACUCCGUACUCAAGAAAAUCGACGAUGAUGGUUUAAUGGCUCCGCUUCAAGUCAUCCAAACGCUAUCGCAAAGUCAAGUUGCGACCAUGGGAUUGGUAAAGACGUAUCUUUCCCGCACCAUCGAGCGCGAAAGAGCAGAAAUUGCUAGUAACCGCAAACUCAUAUCCUCCUACCGCAACGACACAGCAGCCAAAGCCAACGAACUGGAAACCCUGGCCUCUAAACCCGUCUCUUUCUCCGCUACUAGAUGUUCUGCAUGCGGGGCUCCCUUGGACCUACCUACUGUGCAUUUCCUCUGCAAACACUCAUUCCAUGAAAGAUGUUUGUAUGUUGGCGCUGGUGAUGAGGAGUCGGAUGUUGAAUGUCCAAAGUGUAGCGGUGAUAAUGCGACGGUUAAGGCGAUUAGGAGGGCUCAAGAGGAGAGCGCGGAUAGGCAUGAGUUGUUUGUGGAUGCGUUGGGCAGGAGUAGGGAUAAGUUCGCUACUGUUAGUGAGUGGUUUGGAAGGGGCGUCAUGGGGAGGGGUGUUUCUGUGGUCGAGUAG